GGACCACCGUAUGGUUAGUGUCAGCAUAAACUUGAAAUUCCUUGACAUAGCAAAACCUGUAUCUCUGCACUUCCUUUCAAAUGCAAUUUACUUUCUGUUUAUCUCUCCGUCAAUGUGUGAGUUAUUCAAGGUGAUAAACAUAAAUCAGCGCCGAGUACGCGGAACCGCGAAUGGCUAAUGAAAAACGUGUUAAUAAUUGAUCGUAAUUCAAGGAAAAAGAAAAAUUGAUAGACUAGCGAGGAAAAAUCAUAUUGAAUUUUGAAUUCACCGUGUCAAAUGUACGGCCUCGGUAAGACAUUUCGAGAUAUGAAAGAAGGAAGGGGAAUAACACGUAGACGUACGUUUGAAUAUACGUUGAGACUUCUAAUAAUUCUUCAAAAAAAAAAAAAACCACUGGCCGCUGCAGGAGAGAGGGAAAAAAAUGAGCGGACAAGUAGUUAAGGCCCUUCGUUGACACGCCGGUAUAGCAUUACGAAAACUGAGAGAAAAAGAGUCCAUCGGUCAAAGUAAAAAGACCAAAGGAGGUCGACAUUUUUUUUUUUACCAUCCAAGUUUCUCAUGUGACAGUGCAUUCGCAUCGCCUGAUGAUUUUUUAUUCACUUCCAUUCAUACGUUGUUAUUGACGUAUGUAGAAAUGAAGCGUGAGGUGUUGAGGAAUGUCGCGAUAUAAUGAAUGAUGCACUGGUCUGAGGGGCCUGCACGGUCCUGAAUUCACGUGAACAACUCUGGCUACCAGCUUCGAAAUGGGGGAGAUCCUCGGCUCGGCGAGUUUUCUGCACCUGGGGGAUAUUGUCAGCCUCUAUGCCGAGGGCAACGUCUCCGGAUUUUUAUCGACUCUGGGAUUGGUCGACGACAGAUGCGUCGUAUGCCCUGAGGCUGGAGACUUAUCGAAUCCGCCAAAAAAAUUCAGAGACUGCCUCUUCAAAAUAUGUCCCAUGAACCGGUAUUCCGCCCAGAAGCAGUUCUGGAGAGCAGCAAAACAGAGCGGAAGCUCAUCGACUGAUGCCGUCCUAUUAAAACGACUUCAUCAUGCAGCUGAAAUUGAGAAGAAGCAGAAUGAAACGGAAAAUAAGAAGUUGCUUGGGACGGUUGUCUCUUAUGGCAAUGUUGUGCAGCUGCUGCACCUCAAGUCAAACAAAUUCUUGACAGUAAACAAGAGAUUGCCGGCUUUACUCGAGAAGAAUGCGAUGAGGGUCUAUCUGGAUGCCAAUGGUAACGAGGGUUCCUGGCUAUACAUAAUGCCCUUCUACAAGCUGCGGAGCGAUGGUGACAGCGUUGUGGUCGGUGACAAAGUGAUAAUGGAGCCUGUUAACGCAGGCAGGCAGGGUCUGCAUGUAGCAGCGAACUACGAAUUGAGUGACAAUCCGGGUUGCAAAGAGGUGAACGUUGUCAAUGCUUCUACCUCCUGGAAAGUGACGCUAUUCAUGGAGCACAGAGAGAAUCAAGAGGAGAUUCUCAAAGGGGGAGACGUGGUGAGACUCUUUCACGCUGAGCAAGAGAAGUUUUUGACGAUGGACGAGUACAAGAAAAAGCAGCACGUCUUUCUAAGAACAACGGGUAGAACUAGCGCAACAGCUGCUACCAGCAGUAAAGCCCUGUGGGAGGUGGAGGUAGUGCAGCACGAUCCCUGUAGAGGAGGUGCUGGCCAUUGGAACUCCUUAUUUAGAUUCAAGCAUUUAGCCACGGGGCAGUAUCUAGCAGCUGAAAUCGAUACGGAUGAGCCUCGAGAGACGAUAAAAGGAAAACGCGAGCCACCGGGUGCUGUCUACCGCUUGGUGUCAGUUCCCCACAGCAACGAGAUAAGUUCUCUCUUCGAGUUGGAUCCCACAACCUUGACGAGAGGUGACAGCCUGGUGCCGCAAUCGUCCUUCGUCCGACUCCACCAUAUCUGCACCAACACCUGGGUGCAUUCCACUAGUGUACCCAUAGACAAGGAUGAUGAGAAGCCAGUGAUGUCAAAGGUGGGUUGUGCCAUCAACAAGGAAGACAAGGAGGCCUUUGCCCUGCGAUCAGUCUCCCCAGUUGAAGUCCGUGAUCUUGAUUUCGCUAACGACGCAUGCAAAGUACUUGCCGCGAUAAGUGGAAAAUUGGAGAGGGGGACAAUAUCACAUAAUGAGAGACGUGCUGUCACCAGUCUACUUCAGGACAUUGUUUAUUUCAUUGCGGGACUGGAGAACGAGCAGAAUAAGUCUGAGGCACUCGAAUUGAUAGUGACAAAUGCAGUGAGAGACCGACAGAAAUUAUUGAGGGAGCAGUACAUUCUGGGGCAGUUAUUUAAAAUUCUUCAGGCACCAUUUUUGGAAUCAGCUGCCGGUGAGGGACCCUUCUUGAGGAUUGAGGAACUGAAUGAUCCCAGGCAUGCACCCUACAAGUACAUGUUUAGAUUGUGCUAUAGGAUUCUCCGACUCUCCCAGCAGGAUUAUCGAAAGAAUCAGGAGUACAUAGCAAAACACUUUGCAUUUAUGCAGAAGCAGAUAGGGUACGACAUUCUCGCUGAGGAUACCAUCACAGCUUUGCUGCACAAUAACAGAAAGCUUCUGGAGAAACACAUAACCGCUGCAGAGAUCGAGACUUUUGUCGGUCUAGUCCGAAAAAACAUGUUUACCUGGGAGUCUCGAUUUCUUGAUUAUCUGUCUGAUCUUUGCAUAUCGAAUAAGAAAGCCAUUGCUGUCACUCAAGAACUCAUCUGCAAGAGCGUGCUCAGUGAGAAGAAUAAGGACAUAUUGAUUGAGACUAGAAUGUUCAAGACUCAGGUUGAAGUUGAAGAGGAAUUGGAUGAGAGGCAUGAGAAUGAAGAGGCUAGGAUAACAAUUUUAGAAGAGUUGGAGGUACUCUUAGUGUGGAACAAUGGGAAGAGAUCAAUGUCACUAGGGGAGUUGUCUAGGGGUGCAAAAAUGGGGAACAUCGAGGACGCUGCUAUUCUUGAUUAUUACAGGCAUCAGUUGAAUCUGUUCAGCAAUAUGUGCUUAAACAGGCAGUACCUGGCGCUCAAUAGUUUAUCACCUCAUUUGGGGAUUGAUUUGAUUCUAAAGUGCAUGGAGGAUGAAACUGUUCCUUAUGAAUUGAGAGCCUCAUUCUGUAGGCUCAUGCUACAUCUGCACGUUGACAGAGAUCCUCAGGAGCAAGUGACACCAGUAAAAUAUGCCAGAUUGUGGUCGGAGAUCCCUUCGUUGAUGAGCAUCAAUGAUUAUGAUACUAACAAAAUGCCGGAUGAGAAUAAAGAGGCUGUUAGAGCCAGAUUCAGUCAGACUAUUAUUUUUGUGGAGGAUUAUUUGUGCAACGUUGUGGCUAAAAUGUGGUCGUUUGGAGAUCAGGAGCAAAAUAAACUGACUUUCGAGGUGGUAAAGUUGGCACGUGAUUUAAUAUACUUCGGAUUCUACAGCUUCAGUGACUUAUUGAGAUUAACAAGAACUCUAUUGAGUAUUCUGGAUUGUGUCUCUGAAAACGAUUACACCGAUGGAAAGAUACCCACAGGUGAAAUUGAUUCUGAAAAGAGGGAAGCUGAUACGAAAGCGGAAGGGGGUGUUCUGAGAUGCAUCGGCGAUAUGGGCGCGGUGAUGACCUCUUUGACCCUGGGGCCUGCAGGGCAGGUGAUAGCCGGGAGUUCCUCUCCUCGACCGAAGCCCUCCACCAAGAAGGAAUAUCCUCUAGUGAUGGACACAAAAUUAAAAAUAAUCGAAAUACUACAGUUUAUUCUGGACGUGCGGUUGGACUACAGAAUCUCCUGUCUUCUGAGCAUCUUCAAGCAAGAAUUCGAUGAGAAUGAGAAGUCCUCAGGGGAUGUUAAUCUCGGCCAGAAGGGAAUUGAUCUGGAGUCAAUCGGGCAGCAGGCCGAGGGGAUAUUCGGAAGCAGCGAUGAGUGUGUGGCUCUGGAUCUUGACGGUCAGGGUGGCAGAACGUUCCUGAGGGUGCUCCUCCACCUAGCCAUGCAUGACUACCCUCCAUUGGUGUCAGGAGCCCUCCAUCUAUUAUUCAGACACUUCAGUCAAAGGCAAGAGGUCCUCCAGGCUUUCAAACAGGUACAACUUCUGGUAUCUGACAGUGACGUGGAAUCCUACAAGCAAAUAAAAUCAGAUCUCGAUGUGCUCCGCCAAUCAGUAGAAAAGUCUGAAUUAUGGGUAUACAAGUCAAAAUCGACGGAAGAACAUAGUACAGGAAAGAAGAAGAAAAGUGCAAAAGAUGAUGAAGAGGAUGCUGGGGCAACACCCAGGAAGCCACCUCCACAAUUAUCUUCAUCCGAUAAAAAGGGUUCAGCAAUUGACUUGGACGUGGGACCGCCCUUGCAUCCAGACCAAGCAGACGAAUACCGGAAAAUCCAGCAGAUCCUCAUUCGAAUGAAUAAACUCUGCAUUCAGAGUAUCCCAGGUGGUGGUGUCAAGCCGCGCAAGCACGAACAGAGGCUUCUGAGGAACGUUGGAGUCCACACAAUCGUCUUGGAUCUCCUCCAAGUGCCCUUCGACGUGAAAGAGGAUAUCAGGAUGAACGAGUUGAUGAGACUCGCCCACGAUUUCCUCCAGAAUUUUUGCCUUGGAAAUCAACAGAAUCAGAUUCUUCUUCACAAGCAACUCGACCUCUUCCUGAAUCCUGGAAUACGCGAGGCACAGACGGUCUGCAGUAUCUUUCAGGACAACUCGACCCUAUGCAACGAAGUUAGUGCCAAAGUUAUCCAGCACUUCGUCCACUGCAUAGAGACACAUGGAAAACAUGUGCAAUACUUGAAAUUCCUGCAGACAAUAGUUAAAGCUGAAAAUCAGUUCAUAAGAAAGUGUCAGGAGAUGGUGAUGCAGGAGUUGGUGCAAGCUGGUGAGGAUGUUCUGGUAUUUUAUAACGAUCGAGCGUCCUUCAAUCACUUCGUGGAGAUGAUGAGGUCGGAGAGGCUGAGGAUGGAUGAGAGCAGUCCAUUGAAGUAUCAUGUAGAGCUGGUGAAGCUCUUGGCUUGCUGCACAAUGGGAAAGAACGUCAACACAGAGAUAAAAUGCCACAGUCUGCUGCCGCUCGACGACAUCGUCGCCAUGGUCUCUCAUCCUGAUUGCCUCCCCGAAGUCAAGGAAGCUUACAUCAAUUUCCUCAAUCACUGCUACAUUGAUACAGAGGUGGAGAUGAAGGAGAUCUACACGUCUAAUCACAUGUGGUCCCUCUUCGAAAAGGCGUUCAUUGUUGAUAUGAGCCUCAUCGCCGCCGCUACUCACGACAGGAAUCAUGCAGACGUUGCUCUUGAGAAUUAUGUCACUAAUUGUCUUAUGAACAUCAUCACUACAUUCUUCAGCAGCCCGUUUUCGGAUCAGAGCACAACAGUUCAGAAACACCUGCACGAGGCCAGGCUGUUUUGGAAUCUGAAGGAGUGCGACAGGAUCAUCGACAUUGACCCUGACUCCACGAGACAGCCGAUUUUCGUUCAGUUGCUCCAUGCAGCCUUCGAGGUAUCGCAGUGCACCUGGUUGAAUGCUGGGCAAAGAUUCAAUGUCGAAAAUUGUAUCAGAACAUUGUCUGAUGUUGCGAAGGGACGAGGGAUCGCAAUACCAACAGAUCUGGAGUGUCAAGUGGCUGUAAUGUUCAACAAAGCUGCAAUGCUCAGCAGACAGACCACGAAGUGGCUGCAGGCAGCCAAGCAACCGAAGAUCGAACGAAGUCAGAGUCAGCAGUUGAUGCGGCUGGACAGAAGUAUAAUCGAGGGGCUUCAGGACAUUGUUUCCCUCUUGGAAGAGCAAUUAAAGCCCCUCGUGCAGUCAGAGCUCUCCCUUCUCGUGGACAUUCUCUACCGACCUGAAUUGCUCUUUCCUCAGGGCACUGAUGCCCGAAAGAGAUGUGAAAAUGGAGGGUUUAUCAGAAGAUUAAUUAAACACACCGAGAAACUCCUCGAAGAGACUGAGGAGAAACUUUGUGUCAAAGUGCUGAGAACACUUCGUGAAAUGAUGGCCAUAGAUCCGGAAUACGGAGAGAAGGAAAUUGAGGAUGUCGUGGAAGCGGCAUUGGAUGCUGAGAGGGGGAACGAUUUGGGGCAUGGAACAGAUACUAAUGAUCAGUUACAAUCUCAUCAAAUGACUCAACAGCAGCGGGGUGAGGCCUUGAGGAACAACCUACUGAUUCGUUACUUUGGUAAAGGCUUCCUCCAGAAAACUGAGCACGUGGACAUUGGUGUACUCGCCUCGACUUCUGUAACUCACGGUCCAGGAGCGAAACUACUCAGCCGAGCUGGCCGCACUUUGCACGAGGUUCAGAGCCACCUAGACCGCGAGGGUGCCUCCGACUUGGUCGUAGAACUCGUGAUAAAAAGCGUCCACUCACCCAGCAUUUUUGUUGAGGCUGUUGAAUUGGGCAUAGCUCUUCUCGAGGGUGGCAAUCCCAUAAUCCAAAAAAGUGUCUACUCCAAGCUGAUGGGUGACGAUUUGAGUCAGUCCUUCUUCAAGGUCUUCAACGAAAAAAUGAAAGACUCUCAACAAGAAAUAAAGGCAACGGUGACCGUCAACACGUCUGACAUAGCAGCAAAAGCCCACGAGGACAAAGAGCAAAAUAAAGAACUCGAGAAAAUCUCGAAGAAGCGUUUGUCAACGAAGCCCAAUGGGAUUGUGAUAACUGAAGAACUUCGGGAGGAGUUGAACCAGGCGGCGGCAUUGACGGCCCAAGCCUACGCAAACGUACGAAUUUUAGCCUCGGGUGAGGACAUAUCAACUAACGCAGCCUUGGGUUACACACUGGAAGACAUGUUGGCGGAGAAAUUAGACAGACACAGAGGUAAUGCAAGUUCUGAGCGUGACGAGGGUCUUCUCAGUGCCAAAGUCCUGGUGAUGCAGCCGAUCCUGCGUUUUCUCCAACUUCUCUGCGAAAAUCACAACAGAGACUUGCAGAAUUACCUCCGCAAUCAGAAUAAUAAGACAAACUUUAAUCUCGUAUCCGAAACAUUGAUGUUUUUAGACUGCAUUUGUGGGUCUACAACUGGUGGUCUAGGUCUCCUAGGUUUAUACAUAAACGAACAUAACGUUGCUCUCAUCAAUCAGACUUUAGAGACCCUGACUGAGUACUGCCAAGGCCCCUGCCACGACAAUCAGAACUGCAUAGCUACGCACGAGUCAAAUGGGCUCGACAUUAUCACAGCUCUGAUUCUGAACGAUAUAAAUCCCCUUGGAAAAACGAGGAUGGAUCUGGUUCUCGAAUUGAAGAAUAACGCCAGUAAAUUAUUGUUGGCAAUAAUGGAGAGCAGAGGGGAUAGUGAAAACGCUGAGAGAAUUCUCUACAACAUGAAUCCCAAGCAGCUUGUGGAUGUGGCCUGCAGAGCGUUCCAUCAGGAAAGUAUUGAUGACGAUCCUGACGCUGAUGAUGCUUCCACGGAUGGUGACGAGGGGGUGUCGCCCAAGGAGGUAGGCCACAAUAUUUACAUCCUCUGCCAUCAACUGGCCCACCACAACAAAGAACUAGCCACCAUGUUAAGACCCUCAGAGUUAAAUAAUGCAGAUCCUAAGAUAAAUAAAGCCCUGCAGUACUACGCGACCCACACAGCGCAGAUCGAGAUAGUCCGACAUGACAGGACACUCGAACAAAUUGUCUUCCCCAUCCCAGAGAUUUGUGAAUUAAUAACCCUGGACACGAAAAUGAAGGUCCUGCACACAGCUGAACGAGAUGAUCAGGGAUCUAAGGUGUCAGACUUCUUCGAGAGAACCGAAGACAUGUUUAACGAGAUGAAGUGGCAGAAGAAACUUCGAGGGCAGCCAAUGCUCUUCUGGAUGAGCAGCUACAUGUCCCUCUGGAGUAACCUUCUAUUCAACUGUGCUGUUUUAAUCAAUCUUAUCGUUGCUUUCUUCUAUCCCUUCGUCGAUAAUGUGCCUAAGUUGAUAAUCCCUCAGUUAUCGGGACUCAUCUGGACAGUAAUGCUGUCCUCGGGCGCCAUAGUCCUGACACUGCCCAGAGUUACUGGAAUUCGAACGCUCGCAGCAUCCACAAUCCUCAGAUUAAUCUUCUCGAUCGGUCCUGAACCAACUCUGAUGCUCCUUGGGUUCACCACAAUUAUUUUUAAAAUUGUCCAUAUGAUCAGUAUCAUCGGCAAUCAAGGUACUUUGACUAAAAGCGCCCAGCAGAUAAUAACGAAUGUGGAACUGUGGUAUCACGCGGUGUAUCUCAUGUUCUGUGUCCUCGGGAUAUGCAUGCAUCCGUUCUUCUACUCUGUUCUGCUGUUCGACGUUGUCUACCGUGAGGAGACUCUCCUGAACGUCAUCAGAUCAGUUACCAGAAAUGGGAGGUCUAUCAUACUGACAGCUGUUCUCGCACUCAUCCUUGUGUACAUGUUCUCGAUAAUUGGGUAUAUGUUCUUCAAGGAUGAUUUUCUAGUCGGUGUCGAUGAGGAAAUUGUCUCUGAAGUUCAGGGUAAGAACACCUGUGAGGCGGGGGGCAAUUGCGAAGCUACAGAGACGCUCUCGAGGUACGUCCAGGAGAUGAAGGAGAAAGAAUCAGCGGAGAUGGUGAGCGUUGGAGGAGAGAUGAAGGAGCGGGCAUGUGAUUCCUUAGUCAUGUGCAUAGUUACGACUUUGAAUCAGGGAUUGAGAAAUGGUGGAGGCAUUGGAGAUGUCUUGAGGGCGCCCUCGAGCACUGAACCACUGUUCGUAGCGAGAGUUGUUUACGAUCUUCUGUUCUUCUUCGUAGUUAUCAUUAUCGUUCUCAAUCUCAUUUUCGGUGUGAUAAUCGAUACAUUUGCGGAUCUGAGGUCUGAGAAACAGCAGAAGGAGUUGAUUCUCAAAAACACGUGCUUCAUUUGUGGAUUGAAUAGAUCAGCAUUCGAUAACAAAACUGUGUCGUUCGAGGAGCAUAUCAAACAUGAGCACAAUAUGUGGCAUUAUCUCUACUUCAUUGUUCUUGUUAAGGUGAAGGAUCCAACGGAGUUCACGGGUCCUGAGUCGUACGUGUACGCCAUGGUCAAGGAUCGCAAUCUCGACUGGUUUCCAAGGCUACGUGCUAAAUCACUGGCCGCUGAUGAGGGUGAGGGGGAGCAAGUGGAAUUGCGGAGUCUUCAGUCUCAGUUGGAGUCGACUCAGCUGUUGGUUAAGUGCCUGUCACAACAACUUACCGAACUUCGGGAUCAGAUGACGGAGCAACGUAAGCAGAAACAGAGGCUUGGACUCCUCAACUCAGCAUCUGCCUUCCUCCACAAUCCAUCCACGUAAACAAAAAAUAAUGAACGAUUGCAAGAGAUUAUUUGAGCUCCGGCUCAGUCUGACAAUGUGGGAUCAUUAUGCAUAAAAGAAUUUAUGACGUAGCUAUCUCUUCAAUAACUGUGUCUCGAAAAACACGAUUCAUAUCACCGGAUAGUAAUAAUUAUUCGUGAUAAUUUUUUUUUUAUCAGAAACAUAUCUGUGGCGUUUCAAUCCAUAUCGAUUUUUCUUAUUACUAUAAUUGUUGUUGAAUAGAAAGUCAGUGUGAUCUGUGAACCAUACACUAUUCAAUUGCAAAAUUAAAAAAAAUUCAAUCAUGUCUCGAUUGUGUCAGUCACAAUCACAUAAUGAUUAGAGAAUUAGGAAUGUUUCAAUGAUUGAAAGUGAUGCGAUCCAUACACGAUCAUAAUGAAAAUUAUGUAACAAAUGCUCAUUAAUUAGAGAUGCUACUCUUCGAUGUAUUUUUUAUGGAAUUUCAUUGAUUUUAGAAUCGAAGGUAUUUUAGAAAAUAUUAUUCAAGAAGAAUUUAACAUUUUUUAAAUAAAUUUAUUUGCCUCGUGAUUUUUUAGACAAUCAUUGGUGAAUCCCAUGCAAAGCACGAGAGAGGUAUCAGAUUAUUUCGGUUAUGAUAAAAUAGUUGUUUAUUAUUUGAUUGAGGAUGAAAAUAAAAUUGGGAACAACAGGACGGGAGCAAAUGGAAUAGUGAUGAUCAAUGAGAAUUCAGUGUCACGCCAAUAUGUUGUCUUAUACCUUUUGAGCUUCUAUUUCAUAUGUACAGUAUCCAAAGUUGUAUUAACGUCUCUCAUAAAAUAUAAUAUAUGUUACUAGAGUGACACGAAAGAAUGGGCGGAAAUAUUGUCGAGAUUGGGAGAGAAUUUGUUGAAUGGAAAAGUGAAGUUUUACAAUCUCUCGUUACUGUUAAGCCCUCUCAUUACGUAAUAUAAUAGUCAUCAGAUGUCAUAAAGAUUUUGGGAAUGUAAAUAUAAAGUUAAGUUUGCUCUCGUUGAACUGGAAUUCUAUUAAUGUACAAUAUUAUUCAAAUUAUUUUUUAAUUUACAUGUUAUAAAAUUGUGCCAAUUAUUUUCGAUUAUGUCAGAUCACCUUUAAUUGCGUUAAUCUGCCAACGUAGAUCAUUAUAGUUUCAUCACCAAUACUACUUCAAUCGUCUCAGGAUUAUUGCAGAAAUAAUUAACACAAACUUAAAAAAAAAGUUCAAUCUUUAUUUGAUGUGUUAAUAAAGAUGUGUAAAAUACCUGUAAUGUGUUAUGUUUCAAUAAAUAUGAAUUGUCUUAUAUUACCAGUUGA